UCACACGAAAAUAUCCCACUCUUUAGUUAUUUAGUUAUAUACUGUAGCUUGUAACAACAUGAUGAGUCUCACGAUCUUUAAAGUUGUACUACUACUUACCCUAUUUUCAUGGAUUAAUAUACUUCAAGCUCGACCUUUAACCACAACAUCAAGUACUACUACUCUUUUGGCACGUUUAAAGCUACAAGAUGAAGAAGGUUCGUCGCAGUGUUGGGAUUCAUUGUUGGAGCUCCAAGCAUGCACCGGAGAAAUCGUGCUUUUCUUCAUUAAUGGUGAAACCUACCUCGGUCCAGAUUGUUGUGUUGCCAUAAGAACUAUUGAACGCCAAUGUUGGCCGUCCAUGCUUGGCUCCAUUGGUUUCACUUCCCAAGAAGGGGAUAUUUUGCAUGGAUAUUGUGAUGCUACUGAGUCUUGUUCAAUCCCAGAGAUACCAUCUCCUUUGGCUCCAUAGUUUAUUAAUUUAAUCAUGCUUUUUUUUUUUUUUUUUUUAAUCUAUCUCGAGUAUUAUGAAAGAUUAAUAUAUAAA